AUGGCGCUUAAGACCCAGUGUGGCAACGCCCCUGCCUUUGCCCUCAUUGCUCUCAAUUCUGAGAGUAGCUCAAGACUGGGCACAAGGAGGAGGCGGAACAGGCAGGCAGAGUCGCGGCGGGGAGGCGGGGGGCUGUCGGGAGAGCGGAGCGAGGCUCAGGAGGAACCCGAGACGCGCCCCACCGAGCCUGGACCUCCACGCCCAGUGCGUCUGUCUGUCCUGCGGGCUCUGAGGUCUCUGAAGUCACCUGCUCUGCUGGGGACCAUGAGAGGCAGCGCCAAGACCCUGACCUUCACCGCCCUUCUCUGCCUCGGGCUGUGCUGGAGCCCGUGGGACCAGGGACAACCAGAGGUUCUCCCCAAACCCUCCAUCCGGGCCGACCCAGGCACCAUGGUCGCCCAGGGGAGCCCGGUGACCAUCUGGUGUCAGGGGUCUCUGCUGGCGGAUAUCUACCGUCUGUAUAAAGAGAGGAGCUCUGUAUACUGGGACGUUUACACCCCACAGGGCUCCAGGAACGAGGCCAGGUUCCACUUUGCAGCCUCGAGCUCAAGUGCGGCUGGGCAGUAUCAGUGUGCCUAUCACACCAGGCAUGGCUGGUCAGUGACGAGUGACCCCCUGCCCCUGGUGGUGACAGGAGUGUACAAGGCGCCCUUCCUGUCCGCCCAGCCCAGCCCUGUGGUGGCCGCAGGAGGCAGCGUGUCCCUCACGUGCAGUUCACAGUAUGAAGGGGGCACGCUGCACCUGCUGAAGGAGGGAGGCGCUGAGCUGCUCCGAUACAGAACACUGAGGAACUAUGGGAACCAGGGGCGGGAAGAGGCUGUGUUCUUUGCGGGCCCCGUGACCGCCUCCCACGGGGGCACCUACAGGUGCUAUGACGCUCCCAACUCCCAGCCCUAUGUGUGGUCGCGCCCCAGUGACCCUCUGCGUCUCCAGGUCACAGGCCUGUCCAGGGCCCCCUCCCUCUCCGCCCAGCCCGGCUCGCUCGUGCUCCCCGGAGACAACCUGACCCUCCAGUGUCGCUCAGAGGCCGGCUCUGGCAGCUUCGCUCUGACCAAGGACGAGGGGCUCAGCCCUCCCCUCCAUCUAGAAGGGCAGCAGAGCCCCGACUUCCCCCUGGGCCGUGUGAGCCAUGCCCACGGGGGCCGGUACAGAUGCUACAGCGGACACAACCUCUCCUACGUGUGGUCGGCCCCCAGCGGCCCCCUGGACAUCCUGAUCGUGGGUGAGGCGCCCCUGAAACCCUCCCUCUCUGCCCUCCCGGGGGCCUCAGUGCCCCAGGGAGAGAACGUGACCCUGCAGUGCCGCUCUGAGGUCCAGUCAGACACCUUCCAUCUGUCCAAGGAGGGGUCGCUCGCUGCUCCCCAGCACCUUCGUCUGCAGGACCCGGCUCCACCCGUUCAGGCCAACUUCACCCUGCGUGCUGUGACCUCAGCCCACAGUGGGACCUACAGGUGCUACAGCUCACAGAGCACCGCCCCCCACCUGCUGUCGCUCCCCAGCGACCCCCUGGAGCUCCUGGUCUCAGGCCUCACGUGGUACCUGAGCGUCCUCAUCGGGGUCUUGGUGACCUUCGUCCUGCUGCUCCUCGUCCUCCUCAUCCUCUUCCUCCGACACCGGGGUCAGGACAGACACAGGAAGUCAGCGGCCGCAGCAUCAGUGCUUGAGGACAGAGGCAAGCAGAAGAGCUCCAGCCCAGCUGCUGACGCCCCGGAGGAGAGCCUGUACUGUGCCGUCAUGGAAGACGCACGGCCAGAGCAUGGCAGAGUGCGGGACAGUCAGGCUGCCACACCUGAAGCCCCCCAGGACGUGACCUAUGCCGAACUGGACCACUCCGCUGUCAGACAGGGGGCGACUGCACCCUCCAACCCACAGUCAGGAGAGCGCCCAGCAGAGCCCAGCGUGUACGCUGCUCUCGCCUUGCACUAGCCCAGGACGACCCAGACCCCACCUCCAGGGACCCAGGAGCUGCCCCCACGGACACUCAGUGCAACCCCAGCCAGCCUGGAGUCCUGACACCAGCCGCUCUGGGACCUCCUGAAGGUAGGCUAGGCUGCGAGCACUCUCCUGCACACUGCAGUGACUUGGCAAAUCCUGAGCUGUAAGCCGGAGAAUGGCUGCUGACUGGCAGCAGAGCCCCAAGCCCCCAGAGCAGGACUUGGGU